CAAUGCAAAAACAGGUCACCCUGUGAGUUCGCACCUCAACAACAACGAUAGACCACAACAUAGAGUCGAAAUUGCUACAAUUUAAAGAAAAUCAUCGCUAGUUAUGAAUUUUCACACACUUCAAACAAUCAAAUAGGUAAUUUGGAUGAAUAACUGAAAGUGGAAACCAGCAACUAAAGCUUAUUCAAUCUUGUGACGGUCACUUUGUUUUGAAUAACAUGGCCGGCAAAGGACAGUGUUUUGUUCCGUUUUUUGUGUGUUUGCUAGUAUUUCAAUGGUCUAUGGCCAGGCCAACAGGGGACGAUAAAGCAACUAUGUCGGGAGAGCCGACACAUUUCCAAGUGGACGACAAAGCUGCUGAACUUGAGAUUAACGCCAAUGCUAUGGGGGUGAAAGUUAAUGCUAAACCAGCCUCGUUACAGGUUGUUUCCAAACCAGGCACGCCUGCGAUGGCUGUACCUCAUCCAGCGGUAUUCGUACCACCGGUGGAUCCUUAUCAUGUAGCACCAUACUAUCCCGCUCCUAUUUACCCCUCGCCAAUGGUCGUCGGCCAUCGCCGUACCGUCCGCCGCCGACAUCAUUUCUUCGAUAUGAACCCGAAUAUGGGAAAUUGGAAUUUCAAGAAAGGAAAAAUUCCUGGGAAAAAAGUAGAAUCGAACAUCUCGAAAAAAUCCGAAAUUUCUAAAAAAUCAGAAGUUUCUGAGAAAUCUAAAGAAUCACAUAAAACAGGAGAAAAUCCGCGAAAGCGGCAGUGGAUACAACAAGUACCAGUACUCGCUCAAAUGGUCUCCUAUAAUUCUUUGCCUAUUCGAGUCCAUCCUUUGGUUCAGCGGUUCUUCGCAUCCCAAGCUGCAAUGCGGACUUCCAUUCCGCAACCAAUAUACGCACUAAGCCAGCGAUCAUUCUCCCCAUGGGGUCAGCGCUUGUCAACUAUUUCGCCAGGAUAUGGGUUUGGCGAGGCAAAUGGUGAUACUAGGGGUUCUAUACAUAGAGCAAUUUUCCUACCGGCUCUUCCUGGGUACCAAAAUAUGCAGGCACUGUCCCCCGUUGCGGCGUCCCCAUUUCAUCAACCUUGGUCUAAUCCAACCAUGCUUCAAGCUCCGCUCUCUGGCUACAACGGAUACUACGAUCCAAUACUUACACGGGAUUUUGUCCCGGAUUAUAGCAACGCAGAGUUUCCACGUGUUCAGGUACCAACACCCCGGGCUUUGAUACCCAAUAUUGUGCCUGGUGGACAAAUGUAUCCUGGGUAUACGCCUCUAGGUCAGCUGCAAAUUGUAAGUAAAAGACUCACGAUUCCGCACAGUUCUGAGGUAAAAAAAGAAAAGAUGAACAGCGAGGGAAAGGCAGAAAAGCCAAGAGUCAAACGUUCUGUUGGAAAAACUGAGGAAAACAAAGAGAAUCGCGAAAGCAAUCACCAUAGGAACAAAGCGACAAAGAGACAAUUCAUUUUAACACAGCCAAUUCAGCCUGUCCAACAGCCAAUUGUAGCAUAUGUUCCAGUAUUCUCAAAUACGCCUGUACAGGCGCCAACUAUAAAGCCACCUAUUGGACGAAACCUUGUUCUAAACCUGCCGGAGAGUACUCCUGGGACAUUUGUGCUAAAUGCCCCCACAAGUUCACAGAUGUACAUGCCUGGUUUGGAACAAAGUGGACUUCACCAACCAGGAUUGUAUAAUAUUCUUCCAGACUAUCAUCCAAAUUACGUUGCUAUGGCGACGCAAAGAUCAGGAAUCGCACCAAGGCGUUCACCUUUGGGAACAAAUAGGGUUUCUCUUGGUGAAUUGACUGGAAUAAUGGGGACUCCUAUCGUACGCAGAGGACCACAAACAACCUUAUUCUAUAAUGAUCAGCUACCCUCAAAUGUAGAGGAUGAAAUAUUCCGGUAUAGCCCUGUGCAGGGCCGAGCUGUUAUACCCGGACGAAAUUCCCGAAGACGAAAUGCCUUUCAUAGACCUUUUCAAAAUCGCUAUGACACUUAUUAUUCUACGAGAGACUCCGAUUAUGUAUACGGCAGCUCCCGGGGAUUUGAUCGAAUAGACGACCAAGGUUCGUACACAGAACGUAUUUUACCCGACGGCCGGCGAAUCUUUCGUAAAGACCACGUGGGUUUUGGACCAAUCACGGUGGAAGCAAAUACCGCUGAAUCAGCAGCACGCCAUAACGAAGACGCAAUCGAUAUGAACUUAGAUUCAGAUAAACGCAAGCAAAUACCGAGGCCUGAGAACGAAAGAAUUAUGGACAGGCGGAUAGAGAUUCCGACACCGAAAGCGACAGAAUAAUCUCGGCCAUUUUAUGAAAAAUGAAAACAAAUGUGAUGUAAAUAGAUAAGUAUUUAUAAAAAUAGACAACGUCGGCUAUCAUACCAGAGAUGAGAGAAGGAAUAUGAAAAAAGAGCGACCCUUAUUCAUCAUAUUCGGUUUUAUUUUGGUUUCUUCCUAUAAACAAGGCUGGAAUAACAACAAAUGGCUCUUACUGGACCAAACGAGAAGACUUCACAGCGGCUGAUACAAAUCAUAAGACAAACGAUGAUUAACUGGUUGUACUCAGACACUCAGUUCAAAGACCGAGUGCUUCAAAUAGAAACCUAGUUUUAUAUAUAGUUAGUAACAACAGAUGAACACCUUAUAGUGACUCAUAUUUAUAUGUUAUACAACUCACUUUCGAGAAUAAAUCGUAGUCUUCCUGUUCCUAUUUCCAGACAA